AUGGGAAACUACAUCAGAUACCGUCCAUCUGCAAAGACCACUGGCAGGGUCAUCCUAUUGGACGGCACUCUGCAGGAGUUCGAGGAGCCUGUGACGGCGGCGGAGCUAAUGCUGGAGCACCCGCAGCAGGUGGUGGUGGAGCUCCAUUCUGCAGCUAUCGAGAAACGGCGGCCAACUCCAUUACCCGCGGACAAGAAGCUGGACAAGAACAAAGUCUACCUAAUGCUGCCGAUUAAGCAGGGAAAACCGGCGGCAUUGACGGCCGAAGAAGCUCGUCGGAUUCUUUUCGACGUGAAGGCAGCAUUGAAGACGUCGGCUAUGGGUUUAUCGUCGUCAAAGCUGCUUCUUGCUUUGUUUGCUGGGAAUAUUUGCGCUUCUGGAGGUGCUGCGGGGAAGAACAUGGGUGGAAAAGGGAGAGUGCGGGUGGAAAGUGAUGAGGAGAGGCCACCGGCAGUGGAGGUGGUAAGGUGUUUGCCGGAGUUUAUGCCGGAAAAUAUAGAGGGGAUACCGGAGUACUUGAGUAGGCAGAUUUCAGGGAAAGGAUGGAAACCAAGCUUGGAUACCAUAACGGAGAAGAAAGCUGGGACAAAGAUGUCUCAUUGGUUGCUUUAG